AGUUACACUAUUUUGUAGUACGGUGUACUGUUGUACAGUAUUUAGUUUUCGUUAACUAUCAUAACAUGCGAUCCAAUUUAUGUGAAAAUUUUUUCCAUUUAUGUGCCUCAGGGCCUCCUCAUCCUCUGAUGUUUCCUUCAACACCUCCUGACUGGAUGCGGGAGACCAGCGGUCACCAUGGCAACGGCGGCAUCCAUCCCUGUGGCGUUCAACCAGUCUGUGACGUUCACAUCUAUCUUCAACGCCAGCUGCCGCUUUGACGAGGAGUUCAAGUACAUCCUGCUACCCGUCUCCUACACGCUGGUCUUCGUGGCGGGCUUGGUGCUCAACGCCACCGCACUGUGGACCUUUGUCAAGAUGCGUCCGUGGAACCCCAACGCCAUCUUCAUGUUCCACCUGGCGCUCUCCGACUUCCUGUAUGUGCUGUCGCUGCCCACGCUCAUUUACUACUACGCCAACCGCAGCCACUGGCCCUUUGGCGUGGCGGCGUGCAAAAUAGUGCGCUUCCUCUUCUACGCCAACCUCUACUGCAGCAUCCUGUUGCUCACCUGCAUCAGCUUGCACCGCUACAUGGGUAUCUGCCACCCCAUCAAGGCACUCAGCCUGAUCAAACCCCGCCACGCCCACCUGGCGUGCGCCGCCGUGUGGGCGGCGGUGGUCGUCUGCCUGGUUCCCAAUUUGGUGUUCGUCACCACUUCCAGGCGAGACAAUGACACAUUGUGCCAUGACACCACCAGCCAGGAUUCCUUUGAGGAAUAUGUGGACUACAGCUCGGCCGUCAUGGUGCUUCUGUUUGGCGUGCCCUUCUUGGUCAUCGUGGCGUGCUACUGUAAGAUGGCGCACACCCUGUGCCGGCCCAGACGGGGCUUGUCGGCCAACCCGGCGUCGCGG